UUUAGUGCCUACACUAAGUCAAGGACCUUUCAGCUUCUCACGCCUUGCCAGGUGCACAAGAAGCUGGGAGGGGAUGCAGCCAGGACAGCUGACCCAGAUUGGCCAAAGGGAUAUUCCCUAAUAUAUAGCAUCAUGAUUCAUAUAUAACUGGGGAAGCGAGUUGGGCGGUAGAGUCACUGCUUGGAAACAGACUGGGCAUCAGGUUGUUUUAUUUGCCGUUUGCAUGUGGUGAGCAAUUGCAUUUGUGCAUCAGUUGUAUUAUUAGUAGUAGUAGUAGUAUUAUUUUCUCUUCCUUUGUUAUGCUAUUAAACUGUCUUUAUCUCAAGCCAUGAGUUUGUUUUCCCAUUCCCCUCCUCAUCCCCUUGAGGUGGGGGGAGUGAGCGAGUUGCUGCGUGGUGCUUAACUGCCGGCUGGGGCUAAACCACGACAAUGAGAAAAAAGGCCGUGCUCCUAAAAUCACCAUGCCACCCCCACCUCAGAACAAGAAUGAUGACUUCAGUGAUGACUUCAUUCAUUCAGUGAAGACUUCAUUGCAGACAGAUAAAACAACUUUCACACCUGAAAUAAAAAACACCACAGUGACUCCAAGUGUAACCAAAGAUGUGGCAUUGACAGCAGUUCUGGUUCCAGUGCUGGUGAUGGUCUUCACUACUCUGAUUCUUAUCUUAGUUUGUGCGUGGCAUUGGAGAAACCGCAAGAAAAAAACUGAGGGCACUUACGAUCUACCUUACUGGGAUCGUGCAGGGUGGUGGAAAGGAAUGAAGCAGUUUCUCCAAACGAAAUCAGCAGAACAUGAAGAAACUCCCGUACGCUACAGCAGCAGUGAAAUUGGUCACCUAAGACCAAGAGAAGUCCCAACAAUGCUGCAAACAGAGUCUGCAGAGUAUGCUCAGCCACUGGUAGGGGGAAAUUGUCGGCACGCUUCAUCAGAGAUCAACCUUUAAACCAGAGGAAGGGAAAGAAGCAAGUUACGCCGAUUUGGACCCUUACAAUUCACCCAUACAAGAAGUUUACCAUGCUUAUGCUGAACCGCUACCUAUAACGGGACCGGAAUAUGCAACUCCAAUAAUCAUGGACAUGUCCAACCAU